AAAAUCGUAAAGAAGAAAACCCUUGACAACGAAUAAUGGCCGCGAAACUUCCAUCAUUUGAUGAAUUAUUAAGUAAAGCCGUUGAAACCUUCGAAGAAGCAUUCAACAAAAAACCAGAGCUCGCAGCAUGUGCUCCAGGACGAGUUAACUUGAUAGGGGAGCAUAUUGAUUAUUGCGAUGGCUUUGUUCUACCAAUGGCACUUCCCAUGUUGACAUUGAUUGUUGGACGAAGAAAUGGAACACCCGACGAGGUUAACAUUCAUACAUUAUGUGAUGGAGCUGAUAAACCAGACAAAAUUCAAUUUAAUACUGACUAUCUCGUUUCUGGUAUGCCAAAAUGGGCGAACUAUGUUAAAGGUGUAUUAUCCCAUUAUGGUUUUCCCAUACCUGGAUUCGAUGCAAUUAUUGUAACAAAUGUUCCCCUUGGCGGUGGGCUUUCAUCGUCAGCUGCUUUAGAAGUUGCUACAUUGAAAUUUCUAGAGCUCGUAACAACAAAGAAGCAUGAAAAAGACAGCGAUAAAGCUUUGAUCUGCCAGAAAGCAGAGCACACCUUCGCAGAAUGCCCAUGCGGUAUUAUGGAUCAAUUCAUCUCAGUAAUGGGGAAGGAAAAUCAUGCUCUCUUAAUUGAUUGUCAAUCAUUAAUAGCUGAACAUAUUCCGUUUAAUGCAAGCGAUUUGGUUGUGCUGAUAUGUAAUUCAAAUGUUAAACAUAACUUAUCCGCAAGCGAAUAUCCAACAAGGCGUAAGCAAUGUAGUGAUGCGUUAAAAUUGAUGGGAUUGAGCAGUUAUCGUGAGGCUAAUUCGUCGCACUUGAAAGAUUUAGAAAAGGCAUCCGCAGAUGCCAUUUUAAUAAAACGAGCAAGGCACGUAAUCAGCGAAAUUGAGAGAACUCAAAAAGCUGCUGAUGCAUUGCGAAAUUGCGAUUUUGAAAGAGUCGGAAAGCUCAUGGUUGAAUCGCAUAAAUCAUUAUCAAGCGAUUUUGAAGUGUCAUGCGAUGAAUUGGAUAAAUUGGUGGAUUUGGCAAUGAAGUGUAAGGGUGUAUUGGGAUCGCGAAUGACAGGCGGUGGAUUUGGUGGCUGCACAGUAAGCUUAGUAAAAUCCAAUGAAAUUGAUAACGUAAUUAAACAGAUUGAUGCUGGCUAUCAUGGAGCAACAUUUUAUGUGUGCAAAGCGUCCGACGGAGCACGUGAUAUUGAUUUAGAUGAUGCACCUCAUUUUCGUGAACUUCCGUACAAAGGUGAAUUCUUUUUUGAUGUACAAAAUUCACCAGGAUAUCAAAUGAUUUACUUGAUGCAGACUUAUAUCACUUAUAUCAUAAUUAUAUUUUCAGUUACCAUGGCUUCCAUUUUCAGCUCGUUUUGCCUCAACAUAUCCGCACAUUUUAAUAUCAUGCAAAAAAUCAUUAAUAAUGCUCAAACUAAAGAUUUCUUGGUUUAUCACCAAACAGUCCUUGGCUUAUCCAAGAAAUUGAUUAAGUUAUACAGACCUAUAAUAUUUACUGAAUUUGUUAUCAUGGCGAUUGUUUUAUGCUUUACUGGUCUCCAAAUUCUAAUGAUGGAUGAUUCAGUUAAAAUCUUAGGUGCUUUACUACAUGCAGGAGCUGCGUUUGCUGAUGUUGCAGUUUAUUCAUAUGGAGCACAAAAAGUUUUAGACUCAGCUUUAGUCGUUUGUGAUGAGUUUUAUAAAACUGACAAGAAUUACAUUUUAAUCAUGAUGAUUACACAAAAGGAACUGAAAUUCGAUGCUGGAUUAUUUCAUGCGUCUUUGCAUACAUUGACUGUUAUAUUGAGCAGAACAAUGUCAUUUAUUACGCUAUUAAAAUCAUUUAUUGAAAAUUAA